AAUUCCUGAAACUAAUUAAUCUUGCUGUCACAUCAAGUCACAUGAAUAACUGAGGGUGAUCUGAGAUUCACUUGUGACAUCAGGAAAAACUUUCCCAUACCGGGAUGUUGCGCAACUCCCUCUGACUCAUAUACAGGAUACAGCUAGAGUAUAUAAGAGCUACAACUUCAACAUGUUGACAGAAUUCACCAGCUGAACUGAGCUCCUCAGGAAUCUAGAAUCCAAGCUCUAGAUUUGCUUUUAAUUUAUUUGAUCUUUAUAUUGUUAGAUCUUAGUCUCACUCAGGCAGAAUGAACAGCAAAAUCCUUUCAGUGUCUGUUAUUGUUUUCCUGGCAUUCCUGACCAUCAUUGAAGGAAUGAGCCUGAGAGGUCUGGCUGUCGAUCCACGCUGUCGCUGCAUUGAAACAGAAAGCCGACGCAUUGGAAAACACAUAGAGAGUGUGGAGCUCUUCCCUCCAAGCCCACACUGUAAAGACACAGAGAUCAUUGCUACCUUGAAGUCAACUGGACAGGAGGUCUGUCUGGACCCUUCUGCCCCAUGGGUUAAGAAGGUCAUUGAAAAGAUCAUUGCCAACAAAAAACCAUGAAUGCCCGGAUCACCUGUGAAGUCGAGAUUGAUGAUGUUCAUACGUCAAACAUUUGAUUUUGUACCAAUGGAUACAUUUUUAUAAAUAUAUAUAUUUAGUUUUUAUAAUGUUAUAAUGUAUGUGUAUUUAAUGAGUGUUAUUCACAUAAAUCUUACAUUAAUAUUUAUGUAUUUAUUUAUUUUUAAUUAAUAAAAUGAUUUUGUACUAAAA